AUGUCCGAUACAUCAUUAUAUUUAUUUCGUUUUAAACAUAUUCAAAUUGAAAUUCCAUAUACUAAUAUUAUAAUAAAUAUAUAUUCACCAUGGUCUUAUAUUAUAUCAUUUGGAUCAUGUUUAUUAUAUAUAUUUUUAAUAACUAUUAUUUUUCCAUUAUUAACAUCAAAAUUAUCAUUAAAAAUGAAAAAUUUCUUUUCAAAAAUUCAUUAUAUAUUUUUAUUUUUAUAUUCAUUAUUUUCAUGUCUUAUUACUUUAUAUUAUAUAAUAUAUACAAAAGAAAUAAUAAAUUGGUUAGAUUAUAUAUGUAAACCAAUACCUUCUUGGCUUCGUAUAAUAUCAAUUACAUUUACUAUUUCAAAAAUAUGGGAAUGGUUUGAUACAGCUAUUCUUAUAUUCAAAGGACAAACAUUUAAAAAAAUUGGAUUUCUCCAUAUAUAUCAUCAUGCAACAACAUUUUUAUUAUUUUUAUGUGUUAUGAAUUUUCCUGGUGGAGAAAAAAGUGGUAUGUUAUUAAAUGGUUUUGUUCAUACAGUUAUGUAUUAUCAUUUUGCUUUUCGUUUACCAAAAUUUUUACGUCCUAUAAUAACAACAUUACAAAUUAUACAACUUCUAAUAGUUACUUAUAUUUGGCAUAUUGUCCCACGUUUAUGUUUAAAAUAUAAACAAUUUCCUAAUGAAAACUUUUUAGAAUUUCUUCUUCCUUAUGCACUUGUACCUGUUUAUUGUUUAUUUUUUUUUAAAUUUUUUAUUGAACAAUAUCUUAUUUCAUCAACAAAAAAGGUUAAGUCUUCUUUACAAAAAGAAGAAUAA